GAGGCGGAGGCACGAGCCGUCCCGAGUGACGUGUCCUCGCCAUGAAGCUGCGCGUGAUUCAUCCCUAACGGGGAGAGCGCGCUGCCAGAGGCGAGAUGCUGCGCGCAGCCCCGGCGUAAAGGUUGGCGGAGGGGCUAAGGCGCCGUCACCCCCUUUCCGCCGCGCUUUCCUUCGGCAUCUCAGCCCUGGAGGGGGAAAAAACCAAGAUGGAAGAAAUCCUCAGAAAGCUGCAGAAGGAAGCGUCGGGGAGCAAGUACAAGGCGAUCAAGGAGAGCUGCACCUGGGCCGCCGAAGCUUUAGAAUCUUCAGAGGCUGUUACCAAGACCCCUCCCUAUAAACUCAGGGAGAAGUGUCUUCUACCACUCCAACUUGCUUUGGAAAGCAAGAAUAUGAAGCUGGCACAGCAUGCUCUAGCUGGGAUGCAGAAACUACUGUCUGAUGAGAGAUUUGUAACCAUGACAACCGACUCUGAUGACAAGCAAUUGCUUAAUCAGAUGCUGAAUGCAGUCAGAGUAACUCCUUCCCUCAAUGAAGACCUGCAGGUGGAAGUGAUGAAGGUUCUGCUCUGUAUAACGUAUACCCCUACAUUUGAGUUGAAUGGGAGUUCAGUCCUGAAGAUUGCUGAGGUUUGCAUUGAGACUUAUGUCUCCAGCUAUCAUCAGCGGAGUAUUAAUACAGCUGUCCGGGCAACCCUUAGCCAGAUGCUGAGUGACUUGACUUUACAGUUACGGCAAAAACAAGAUGAAACAAUAACUGAAAGUCAGACAGUUCUUCAAGGAUUAAAGAGCCCAGAUUCUACUGUAGAGUCCCUUUGUGAUGAUGUUGUCUCUGUCUUCACGGUUCUCUGUGAAAAACUUCAGACAGUUAUCAGUGAGAAUCAGCAAUUGCAGCUUCUGUACCUGGAAUGCAUCCUCUCAGUGCUUGGUAGUUCCUCUCCUAGUAUGCUCCACCACAAAGGAUUCACUGACCUCAUCUGGAAACAGCUGUGUCCAGCCCUCAUAGUAAUUCUGGGAAACCCAGUCCAUGAUAAAACAAUCACUUCUGCUCACAGCAACGCCUGCCUUGAGACUGACUCUCCUUCCUCAGGGGUCUCUGAUCAUGGCCGAGGGUCAGGUUGCUCUUCAACUGCGCCUGCCCUUAGUAGUCCUGUUGCCCGCACAAUCUAUUACAUUGCCACAGAAUUAGUCCGAUUAGUGGGCUCGAUGGAAUCCAUGAAGCCAGUCCUGCAGUCUCUCUACCAUCGUAUGCUUCUGUAUCCCCCACCUCAGCACCGAACUGAAGCUAUCAAGAUCAUGAAAGAGAUGCUGGGUAGUCCUCAACGACUGUGUGAUUUGGCAUGCCCCUGCUUCUCUGAACCAGAAUCCAGAAAAAGAUCCAUUUCAAAAAGGAAGUCCCAUCUGGAUCUUCUCAAACUUAUCCUGGAUGGGAUGACUGAAGCUUGCAUCAAAGGUGGAAUUGAAGCAUGCUACGCCUCGGUAUCUUGUGCUUGUGCCCUUCUUGGAACUUUAGAUGAGUUAAGUCAAGGAAAAGGCUUGAAUGAAGAGCAGAUCCAUUUGCUUCUCCGACGUUUAGAAGAGUUAAAAGAUGGGGCUGAAACAAGCAGAGAUUCCAUGGAGAUCAACGAUGCCGAUUUUAGGUGGCAAAGACGUAUCCUGUCAUCGGAACAUACUCCCUGGGAUGCAGGCAAUGAAAAAAGUCCUGAUAUUAGCAUUAGUGUUACCACAGACACUGGCCAAACUACUUUGGAGGGGGAUUUGGGACAGACUACUCCGGAAGAUAAUUCUGAAAUUCGUAAAAAUUCACUGCAAUCACCAGGUGGACAAGUGGGUAAAGAGAUUCGUUAUAAAGAGCCAGAAUCGGAAACUGUCGAUCAGCCGGAUGUUGUUCAACGGAGCCAUAUGGUUGUUUAUCCAGACAUAACUAAUUUUCUUUCAGUUGAUUGCAGGGCACGUUCCUGUGGAUCCAGAUACAGCGAGAGUAAUUUCAGUGUUGAUGACCAGGAUCUUUCCAGGACUGAAUUUGACUCAUGUGACCAAUAUUCCAUGGCAGCAGAGAAGGAUUCUGGGAGAUCAGAUGUCUCAGACAUUGGCUCAGACAACUGUUCAUUGGCUGAUGAAGAGCAGACCCCAAGAGACUGUCCAGGUCACAAGUCUUUACGAACUGCUGCCCUUUCUUUGAAACUUCUGAAGAACCAGGAAGCAGAUCAGCAGAGUGCCAGGUUGUUUAUCCAGUCCCUUGAAACUCUUCUUCCUCAAUUAAUAGCUCUUCCUAGUGUUGAAGAAGUGGAUUUGGCCCUUCAGAACUUUUCUUCAACUUUUUGUUCAGGUAUGAUGCACUCUCCAGGAUUUGAAGGGAAUACUGGCUUCAGCUUCCAGGCACUGAUGAAUGCAGACAGUCUCUACAUGGUUUCUCCCUACAUUCUUCUGCUUAAUCUGAAGCUGUCCAAUGCAGAUUACUACCGAAAGAAGCCUGCCCAAUGCCCUGUGUCAAUAAAGGAAUUUAUGAAGCAGGUCCAGUCCAGUGGAGUAUUGAUGGUGUUUUCUCAGGCUUGGGUUGAAGAACUUUACCACCAGGUACUGGAGAGAAAUCUUCUUGGAGAGGCCGGUUAUUGGGGAAGUCCUGAAGAACACAGACUUCCACUUAUCACCAUGCUAACUGACAUUGAUGGUUUGGGAAGUAGUACAAUAGGUGGGCAGCUGAUGGCUUCUGCAUCUACCCAGUCUCCUCUCACCCAGAACUUGAAGCCAGACAAUGCAGUAGUGGCCGGUGUUGCUUUUGCCCGAUACCUGCUAAUUGGUUGUUGGAAAAACUUGAUUGAUACCUUAUCAACACCUCUGACCGGUCGAAUGGCAGGGAGCUCUAAAGGACUGGCAUUCAUUCUUGGAGCUGAAGGAGUCAAGGAGCAGAAUCAGAAAGAGAAAGAUGCCAUCUGCAUGAGCCUGGAUGGACUGAGGAAGGCAGCCCGACUCAGCUGUGCUUUAGGGGUUGCUGCUAACUGUGCAUCUGCCCUUGCUCAGAUGGCUGCUGCUUCAUGUGUUCAAGAGGAGAAGGAAGAAAGGGAGACCCAAGACCCUAGCGAUGCCAUUUCUCAAGUGAAACAGAAAGUGGAACAGAAACUGGAGCAGAUGGGCAAAGUGCCAGGAGUCUGCCUGCAUACAGCUCAUGUUUUGUGUAUGGAUGCCAUUCUUAGUGUGGGACUGGAGAUGGGAAGCCACAAUCAAGACUGCUGGCCACAUGUGUUCAGAGUGUGUGAAUACAUCAGUACUCUGGAACACACUCAUUUUAGUGAUGGCACAUCUCAGCCACCGGUCCCCAUCACACAAGGACAACAGGCAACAGGAGGGCUCCAUGUAGAAGGUCUGUUGGACUCUCCCCAGGAACUCCUGCAGGAGCAAGAAGCCACUCUGAGCAGCAACCCCAUCAUCCAGCCAGUCUCCAUUCAGGAUCUUAUCAAAGAAGGCAGCAAGGGAAGAGCCUUCGACUUCCGUGGAGGCAGCCUGCUGAGUGGAAGCAGUGCAGCCAAGGCUAUUCUUUCCCUCUCUACACAAGCUGACAGGCUAUUUGAAGAUGCUGUUGACAAGCUGAAUCUCCUGGCCUUGGGAGGUUUCCUGUAUCAGUUGAAGAAGGCUUCCCAGUCCCAGUUAUUCCAUUCAGUCACAGACACUGUUGAUUAUUCCUUGGCAAUGCCAGGAGUAGUAAAAUCUAUCCAAGAGAAGAGAGGUGCACUCCAUUUGUUCCGUCUAGGAGGUGCCAUGCUAAGAAUUGUAAGGAGUAAAUCCCGCCCUCUCCUGCACCUCAUGCGCUGCUGGAAUCUGGUGGCACCUCACCUAGUAGAGGCCGCCUGCCAUAAAGAAAGGCAUGUAUCUCGGAAGGCUGUCUCGUUCAUCCAUGAUAUUCUGACAGAGGUUCUGACAGACUGGAAUGAGCCUCCUCAUUUCCACUUUAGUGAGGCCCUGUUCCGUCCCUUUGAGCGAAUCCUGCAGCUGGAACUCUGUGACGAGGAUGUGCAGGACCAGGUGAUCACCUCCAUAGGAGAGCUAGUGGAGGUGUGCUCAACUAGGAUCCAGUCAGGCUGGAGGCCUUUGUUCAGUGCACUUGAAACAGUGCGUUGCAGCAGCAAGUCAGAAGUUAAGGAAUAUCUCGUAGGAGAGUAUUCCAUGGGAAAAUGCCAAGCUCCUGUGUUUGAUGUCUUUGAGGCAUUUCUAAAUACAGACAACAUACAGGUCUUUGCCAAUGCAGCCACUAGCUACAUCAUGUGCCUUAUGAAGUUUGUCAAAGGUUUGGGGGAAGCAGACUGCAAAGAGAUUGGCGAUUGUGUCCCAGGAUCAGGAUCCACAUCUACAGACUUGUGCCUUCCUGCUCUUGAUUACCUCAGGCGUUGUUCUCAGUUACUUGCCAAAAUCUACAAAAUGCCACUGAAGCCUAUUUUCCUCAGUGUGAGACUUGCUAACUUACCUCAAAGAAUGCAGGAGAGAUCUGCUAGCAGUGAGGACGGCACUGAGUGUGUACUGUCCGAUUUUGAUGAUGACACUGGCCUUAUUAAUGUUUGGAUCAUUCUGUUAGAGGAGUUGACAACUGCCAUCUCCAACUGUCCCCGUCAGCACCAACCUCCCACCUUGGAUUUGCUCUUUGAGUUAUUGAGGGAUGUUACCAAAACACCAGGUCCUGGAUUCGGUAUUUAUGCAGUAGUACAUCUUCUACUCCCUACAAUGUCCCUUUGGCUCCAACGUAGUCAUGGUGAUCAUUCUUACUGGGAUGUGGCAUCUGCAAAUUUCAAGCAUGCUAUUGGCCUUUCAUGUGAACUAGUGGUGGAACACAUUCAAAGUUUUAUACAUUCAGAUAUUGGCUAUGAGAAUAUGAUCAAUGCUAUGCUGAAAGACCUCUUCAAGCUAUUGGUAGCUUGUGUGGCAGAACCCACAGAAUCUAUUUCAAGAGUUGGGUGUUCGUGUAUCAGGUAUGUACUAGUGACAGCAGGUCCUGUUUUUACAGAAGAAAUGUGGAGGCUGUCCUGCUGUGCAUUACAGGAUGCAUUUUCAGCUACUCUUGAGCCAGUAAAGAAUUUGUUGGGCUACUUCCACAGCAGUUCUGAAAACUUUAGUGGUGAUGCCUGUGAGGUGAAAGUGGCAGCCCCUUCCCUCUCUCCUAGUGCCGAAGCUGAGUAUUGGAGAAUACGGGCCAUGGCCCAACAGGUGUUCAUGUUAGACACCCAGUGCUCUCCAAAAACCCCAAACAACAAAGAGGGAUUUGAACAUGCUCAGUCCUGCGUGCUUAUAAUUGAAUUGCCUCCUGACAAGAAGCCCAAUGGCCAUACACAGAAAAGGAAACUUGGUAUUCCUUUCAGAACUAUAGUUGUGAGCCUUCUGUCCCAUCAAGUCCUGCUACAGAAUUUAUAUGAUAUUUUGUUGGAAGAGUUUGUGAAGGGGCCAUCUCACUCAGAAGAAAAGACUGUGCAACAGCUACCAGAAACUAAAUUGGCUGGCUUCCUUAGAUACAUUUCCAUGCAGAAUUUGGCUGUCAUCUUUGACUUACUGCUGGACUCCUAUCGGACGGCUAGAGAGUUUGAUACAAGGACUGGGUUGAAGUGCUUGCUUAAAAAGGUCUCUGGUAUUGGUGGAGCUGCCAACUUGUACCGCCAAUCAGCCAUGAGCUUCAACAUCUACUUCCAUGCCUUGAUCUGUGCCAUUGUGACUAACCAGGAAAACAUUACUGCAGAACUGGUGAAGAAGAUCCUCUUUGAGGACGAUGAAAGAAGCACUGACUCAUCCCAGCAGUGCUCUUCAGAAGAUGAAGACAUUUUUGAAGAGACAGCUCAAGUAAGCCCCCCUAGAGGGAAGGAAAAGAGACAGUGGAGGGCUAGAUUGCCAUCUCUAAGUGUUCAGCCUGUCAGCAAUGCAGACUGGGUUUGGUUAAUCAAAAGGCUUCAUAAGCUAUGCAUGGAAUUAUGUAACAACUAUAUUCAAAUGCAUUUAGAUUUGGAAAGUUCCACAGAUGAACUCCCAGUCUUCAGGGGAGACCCUUUCUUCAUCCUCCCAUCCUUUCAGUCUGAAACCUCCACUCCAUCUACUGGAGGCCUAUCUGGGAAGGAUACUCCUUCUGAAGAUGACAAGAGUCAAAUUAGGGACUCUCUUUCAGAGACCAUCACUCCUAAAGGAGGAAUUGGUGAGAUUUUGCUCCUUCCACCCUUGAGUCCCAAAGCAGAGAAGAAGGACCAAGGCAGGAAAAAGGAAUGGUGGGAGAGCGCUGGCAACAAAAUCUACACUAUAGCCACAGACAAAACCAUCUCGAAACUCAUGACAGAAUAUAAAAAAAGGAAACAGCAGCAUAAUCUGGCCACUUUCACCAAAGAAAUGAAGGCUGACAAGAAAGGGGAUCCACUAAGCUCACGGGGGGCAGAUUCACCCCUCCCACAACGGCCACAGAAUUUGGUUGAUCAAGGACAAAUGAGGCACUCCUUCAGCGCAGGGCCAGAGAUUUUGAGGCAAGAGAAGAGGCCACGCUCUGGGUCCACAGUCAGCUCACUCAAUAUAUCUGUCCGUGAUGGCGAGGCACAAAUACAGGCAUGGACCAAUAUGGUGUUGACCAUUCUAAACCAGAUCCAAUCACUACCAGACCAGAUCUUCACAGCCCUCCAGCCAGCGGUGUUCCCCUGCAUCAGCCAGCUGACAUGUCAUGUGACUGACAUCCGAGUUCGUCAGGCUGUGAGAGAAUGGCUAGGAAGAGUGGGGAGAGUUUAUGAUAUAAUUGUAUAGUAGUUGUAUUGUUUGCAUUACCAAGUAGAGAUUUGCAUCUGAGGCGCUUCAAGGCAUACAAAUAAAUUAUAGUUAUUGAAAAUAUACCUUUUAGCACAGUAGACAGCUGUACACAUAGCUGCCUAUUUGUUGUUAAUAAAUGAUCAGGUUUAUCACAUGCUGUCAACUGCUUAAGAGUAUGACUCAGUCUUGCUUAUAACAAGAACAGCAUGUGAUAAAUACAGUUUACUCAGUUCACUGAGUACCACAAGAUAAUUAAAAUCUGAAAAUGCUAUUAAAUCAAGCUGGUACAUGGGUACUUGAUCCUCAUGAUGCUGCAUAUUUUCCAUGAAUUAAAAGGUUAGACAGGAACAUUCAAGAGAAGAUGGCAGUGAAAUACAGUUAGCAUGAAACGGUCAUCUUCAUAAAAUAUAUUUAUGAGGAAACAGAUUAAGGACCUGCAUUUUCAAACCUUUAGUGACACUGACACCACUGUACUCAAGGACAGUUUUGUCCUCACAAAUAAAAAGCAUUUAUGCUCUUUUUUUUCUCAAACACCAUGGCUACUUGGGUGAUUUUAGCACAGCAUCUCACUGUGCCCUAAAAUCAGGAUGGCUGAUAUUUCAAAUAAUGUGUGUUCAUACCAAUAAAUUCAAGAAUCAGUGGGAGUAAUAAACUAAGGUAGGAUCCAUGCAUCAUUGGAUAUUGGGCUACUGUAAUUUUUUCCCCAGGAUUUUCUUGUCUGGACAGGAAAAUCGAAGAGAUGAAAGAUGACAAUAGCACAAUAUUCCAUGAUGUCUAUAUCCAGUUCAUUUAUUUUAACUUAAUAUUUCCUCUUGCAAAGCAUGCAAUGAAUAAUGUGCCUUCCCAUUCAAAACAUGAAUUAAUUUUAAAAAUGAUCAGCACAAAUGGCACAGCAUGGCUUUCAUGACUAGAUCCCCUUCCUCACCAAGUUGCCUAUGAGCUUUGGAGACACAUCAUAUAUGCUAAAUCCUAAUGGCGCUGUGAUAUAGUUUAUGCAUGAAACUAUCCUAGCCCUAUAAUUAACAAAUUCAGAGAGGGGAAGGGUAAUCCUUUGUAGAAAAAUACGUGUCCCUUGCUGUAGGCUUCAAGUGGCUUUUUUCCCACCUUUGGCAUCUCACACAGUUUUCAGUAGAGGAAAAAGAGAUCAUACAUACUACUUUUCCUUAUUCUCUGCAAAAUAUAAUCCUCUAAACCAAUUCAGCCGUUCCUGUGCCAACCUUCUCUCACCAGAGGUGGGAUCCAACCAGUUCUCACCAGUUCUCUAGAAGUGGUUAUUAAUUUUUUCUGAGUGCCGAGAAGGGGUUAGUAAAGCAACCUCCCUGCCCAAUAGGGAUUGGAGGUGCAUGUGUGCAGCGGCGCCACUGUUUGAAUCCCACCACCAUCGGAACCUGUUAUUAAAAUUUUUGGAUCCCACCACUGUCUCUCACCCGUGCAUUGUGUGUGAAUAUGCAUCACACAUUGACUUGGUUUUGAAGUUCAGUGACCAGCCUGCUUUUCAUUACCUCUUUUCAUGAAGAGGAAAGAACUUAGUAUUCAUAUUUUAGGACAGCAAAAAUUAGAAUUAUCUCAUAUUAUUCUCACAAUUACCCUAUGAAGUAGGCUAGGCUGAGAGAAGGUAUUUGACCCAAGAUCAUACUCAAGCUAACAUCAUCCAUUAACCCCACUGUUUCUCUUACAGCCUUUCUCGAAAGCCAACCUUUCCAACCUGUUUUGCUGAAUAGAUGGUUAUUAAUGAAAAAUGUGGGUAUGGCCACUGACCAGGGGUGGGAUUCAGCAGGUUUGCGUCACUUCGACAGAACCGGUUGGUAAAAUGAUGCUUGUAAACAACCAGUUGUUCAAUUAUUUGAAUCCCACCACUGCCACUGACCUGCUACUAAAACUAUCAUCCUCACAUGUGUCUGCCAUCCACAUGGGCAUAUAUCCUUUUACCACAUGUAGGACAAAAUAUGUUGUUCAUACUGAUUCCUGCCAAUCCUAGCCAAAUGAGAUAUGUGUUUUAGAGGCACCACUGAAGAGGCCAGUGAUCCAAGUGAAGUGGAAUCCAAAAAAUGCUGGAGCACAACCUUGGAUCAUGGAGCACUUCUUCUUUGGCUGACCCUGAUAAUCUUUCUCAAGAUUCAUUAGAAAGGCAACCAAGAGCCUUUUUUCAACAGCCUGGUUUCUGAUGCAUAGUUCCUUGCCUUGAAGAGCAGCAUCAACAUCUUCUUUGCACCUCUUCUUUUUCCUGUGUAGUUGAAUCAGUGUAAGAUAAUGAGUGAAUGUGCAAGUUCUGUCAGCUGCUCAACCCUUGUAUCCAUCAACUAGAGAUUAUGAUGUUCUUUGCAAGAGAAGAUACUGCUAUGCCCAGGUGACUUGAUUACAUGUACCUGUUUUGUUUCUUAUUUGAUUUUUGGUACUCAGUGUUUCUAUGGCUCUUUGUGAAGUUGGAUUUUUUAGGGGAACAUUUUCAAGUAGUGCACGCCUACGUUGUUUGUUAGUGGGAUUUUAUAUGCAAUUCUUGCUUGUCAUAUGCAGCUCUUUAGCAGAGUCUUUAAGGGGAGGGAGAGAGAAACAAACUCAGGAUUUUUUCUUCCAUUCCCCCAAAACACCAAAAAAAAAAACCACAACCCCACAGAUUUUUAGAUUGCAAAAGUAGUUCUUUUUUAUGAAGAAUGCUGUAUUUGGACCAAUAUUGUGAAUUCCAAAUGUCCAGAAGGUACCUUUUGACCUUCAUUACAUGAAAAGACCAUUCUUAAGGGAUAGUUGACUUUACAGCCAGCAGCUGGAGACCACUUGAAUCCUUCUCCCUUGUGAUUGUCACCUCAUAGGUGAAUAACUUGUGUUCAGCAAUUCAACAAGAUAUUUGCUUUACCAUUGUAGCAAAUCUUACUUUUAUGUGUUAACCUAGUGUCAGAAAAUGAAAGCUGGCCUCAAGAACAGCAUAUGCUGGGCACUUCUCAAAUGUUUAUGGUCCAGGCAGAUAAAGUUCAGGGGAAAAUGGGGACUCUAUGAGAUGGUUACAGAGUGCAGUGAUAUUGGGGGAAGGAGAAGGGUUCUGUUGUUUUGGUUGACCAAGAAGAAUUGCCAGAAACUGCUACUGAAAGGAUUUUAUAGCCUUAGACUGCAAAUUUCACAACAGCUCUGUGCCAUAAAGAAUAAUCUUGUCUAUAUGAUUUUUCCCAUCCUUUAUAAUAGAGAAAGCAUCUCUAUCCCAGCACUUCAUGCCUACGGAGCUGCCUUUUUCACUGUGGAGAAUUAGGAAACUGGUGUAAAGAGGGAGCUACAUAUGCAUGCAAGAGUGCCUGUACCUGCAUCUAAGUUGUCAUCUCUCCAGUGAUCAUUGGGAAUUUAAUCACAUAGGACAGGGGUAGGGAACCUUUAACACUCAAAGAGCCAUUUGGCCCCGUUUUCCAUGGGAAAAGAAAACACUUGGAGCCGCAAAUGAUUUUUGACAUUUAAAAUAAAGAUAAUACUGUACAUAUUGGGGUUUUUUUACCUUUUACUCCACUCAUUCUGAGAAGCGCAUGGAUGCGUCCGCCCUGCUGCCUGCAGGGCAGGCAAGGAUGGGGCCAGCGGCUUGGCUUUGCGCCCGAUCCGCCAGGAAAGUGCCGCCCACUCCAAACGGGGGGAGGGCUGGCGAGAGGAGGAAGCCUGC